GUUCCUUUUUAAAAACGAGGGAACUUGAAACUAAAAAGUGUAGGUACCUUGCAGGGUACUGUUAAUUGACAUCAAGAAUACCGAAAUCGUGUGUGGUACCAACAAAGAAAUAACUUGAUUAUCCGUCAGUAAACUUCUGUGAGUAAUUGAUAAUUUACUGAACUUUGUGUGGUCGUAGAAUUGAAAAAAAUGUUGAUGAUAGGAGUUUUGUUUGCUUUGGUGGCUGUUGCCACAGGACACGGCCGCUUGCUCGACCCGCCUGCCAGAGGCACGAUGUGGCGGCUGGGAUUCCAAACACCUCCAGACUACAACGACCACGAACUCUUCUGUGGAGGUUUCCAUCGGCAGUGGACGACGAACGGCGGCCGCUGUGGGGAGUGUGGGGACCCAUGGGACUUGCCCCGCCCCCGUCCCCAUGAGGCUGGAGGGGUCUUUGGGACCGGGACCCUCAGCAGAAUCUACAGGCAGGGACAGAUAAUCACAGCGGUUGUUCACUUGACGGCCAAUCACUUCGGCUGGUUUGAGUUUCGGUUGUGUCCAACCAACAACCCAAACGAGUACGCGAAACAGAGCUGCCUCAACCAGAACAUCCUCGAGCUGGCAGACUCUCCAGGCACAAGGUUCGUCAUUGAGGACCAAUCGCAGGUCCUGUUUCGCGUUCGCCUGAAGCUGCCUCGCGGCCUCAAGUGCUCGCACUGCGUGCUGCAAUGGCACUACACUUCAGGCAACAACUGGGGCUUCUGCAAGGAUGGAAAUGAUAUGAUGGGUUGCGGAAAGCAGGAAAUUUUCCGAGGUUGCUCAGAUGUUGCAAUCUUCGAUCAGAGCGACAGCACAUACUACAAGCACUUGAACCUCACUAAGGACUUCGACUUUACCCCCAUCAUCAACUUGCAGGAUGGAACAUACAUGCGCAAGCAUCAGUCAGGCGAAGAAAUCCUAGCAGUUAAAGGUCAACCCGCGCCCGAAAGUAAUUCGGACGAAAAUCAGAAUGAAAUCCUUGACAAAGAAAGUAGAGUCGAGAACGCAAAAGACGAUCUCUCACAACUGGAUGUGGAUGGAGAUGGCGUAAUCAAUAUUGACGGAAACCUUCUAAGUUUGGACGCUCUGAAGAAUCAUCUUAUGUCGAGCGGAUUGCUCACCGAGAGCCCGGGCGCGAAUUCACAUAACGAACAAGAGGACUCCGAGCUGCAGUCAGGGUUCCAGGUUUCAUCUUCAACCAGUAGAUCUCGCAGUAAAUUUCGAGCAGAUCGUACGAAAGAAGACAAAAAGACUAAUAUAAUAACGACUUCAAAGAAGCGACGUAAUUACGCGACUCUGAAUACUGACAUUAAAACACAAAAUUUGGGCAAGCCCAGUGACAGCGUGGACAUUAUUAAUUCGGCAUACAUUUCUUCGAAUACUUUCAGAAAGUCUGAUCAGUCGUCACACUCUAAAUACACAACAACGGAGCCACCCGUAGCGCCGGUACAAUAUGCCACAGAGUCGUCGAACAUUGCAGAGUAUACAUUAGGUCCUGUUGUAGUUCAUAGACCUGCCAGACCAAAGGCUGAGCAUAGCGGCUUCAACGAUUUUCCAUCUGCUUCCUCCGAGAAGUCGAGUUACAUGGACACUUCUUCAAGUCACUCAGUUUUAGCAAAGCCUUUCGUGCCAGAACCUGAAGAUGUUUUACCAGAAAUCUUGAGUCAGUUAACUUCACUGAAAGACUUCCCAAUUCAGAAGCAUACAUCUUCCAACGACGCUGCGAAUGCUCACUUCAUUUCUACCACCGACCAGACACGCCUCCUCGAGGCGGUCAAGAGUAUGUUUUCUGCAUCGCAAGCUACAACUCCCAGUCCAGCGACACAGUUACACAGGAUAGAGUCACAGGACAACACUGUAUCAAUCCCCAACAUUAUUGUCAGUCCUCAGUCAAACGAAAUGGUUUCCUUUGGUUUCAGGAGGAAGCCAACCUCACCUGAUGAUCACACCUUUCCUGCUGGCAUAUUUUCAACAAUAACCGAAACAGCUACCAAAAGUUCUCGUAAAGCCAAGCCAAUGCCUCAAGCAAGGCAGAGUAGACCAAGAACUGCAACACCUCAAACUCUUCUAGAUGUACAGGCUACCAUCCGAACUCUGGCAGCCCAGACUCAGCUCUUCAGCAAACUAAAUCCUGAUGAUAAAUCAAGGGAACCCAAACCUCUCUCUUCCUUGUCGACCGAUGAAUCCAUUGCCAGCCAUACAGUUUGGAAGUCGAAACCUAAAAGCUCUUCGGUUAGAAUGUCCAAAAUAGAAACCUCGCCCGUCAGACAUGAGAGACCGAACAGCCUCGUUACCAGAGCACCACUUACCGACCUGACACGCCACAGGGACCUGCCGGAACCUAACCUGUCGAGCGCUUCCCGAACGCCGUUCAGCGCCAUCGCGUCGCAGGCGCUCUUCUCUCAAGUGCCCGACAUGGCGGGAGCCAUGGCCUUCCAGGUUCCGCUGUCGAAACUACGCGACACGGCGACGCUGGAUCGUCUGCUGGAGCUGAAGAUGUCGCUGCUGCCGGAGGACGAGCGGCAAGCUCAUCUUGACCCAGUGUUAUUGAUCAUCAUGUGAAGUGACUUGUGAUUUACUAUGCAUUUAUAUUACUUCUAGUUGUUGAGUGUACAUUUCGAGUGACUCUUUUACAUCUGACGCACGUUUGUUCAUGGUAUAUAACUGGAAUUUUUUAAUAUUGGUUUAUCUUAUAUUAUUAUAUCACAGAUGAUGGGAUGAAAUUUCCGCUCAUAUUUCUCUCCCAUUUUAUUAAAAAUCGAUAGUCAGAAGAUACGUAAACUGGCAGUGAUUUAUUUUUCAAAUUGACGAAUGUAUUAAUUCUUUUUACGUUUUAUUAAAUUUGUAUUAUCAACCCAGAUUUCUGAUGCAUAUGCGUGACGAUUUAUGUUAAGUGUUUGCUUCGCAUUGAAUACAGAAUGACAGCAUUUGUACAGUUUGUUAUUUGAAUUUUGUAUGGUGUUAGAAGAGUGAACUAAUAAAAAUGUUA